AUGGCUCAAACUUCUUGUAAAAUGGGAUCAUCAAAUCAAUUAGAGGGUUUUAUAAGUUGGGAUGACUUGAAGGUGGAUGUUGAGAGGGGAGAGUUAGAGGUGAGAGAUUGGGGAGGAAAUCGGAGUAGAGUGAUUGUGGUUGAUCAGAGCGGGAAGGGAGAUUCGGUUACAGUGCAGGGAGCGGUUGAUAUGGUUCCUCUCCAUAAUUCUGAGAGAGUGAAGAUUUUCAUUCUUCCUGGAAUCUACAGAGAAAAGGUUUUCGUUCCAAGCGCCAAGCCCUACAUCUCAUUCAUCGGAGACGAGAACAGAAGUUCUGAAACCGUUAUUACUUGGAACAACAAAGCCUCUGAUAAGGCUCAAGAUGGAGGUGAACUUGGAACCUACAAUUCAGCUUCUGUAGCCGUUGAGUCUGAUUACUUUUGUGCUUCUGGACUCACUUUUGAGAACUCAAUUGUUGCAGUGCCAGGUGGCUACGGCAUGCAGGCGGUGGCGCUGAGGCUCUCCGGCGAUAAAGCCUUGCUGUACAGAGUGAGGAUUCUGGGGACACAGGACACUCUGCUGGAUGAUCAAGGAUCCCACUAUUUCUACGAAUGUUUCAUUCAAGGUUCCAUUGAUUUCAUAUUUGGAAGCGCUAGAUCACUCUACCAGAAUUGUGCUCUUCACUCCAUAGCCCAGACAUUUGGGGCUAUUGCAGCUCACCAUAGGGACUCAGAGGAGGAAGAUACCGGCUACUCCUUUGUCAACUGUGCGAUCAAUGGAACCGGCAGCCUCUUCCUGGGACGAGCCUGGGGGGAGUACUCGCGGGUGAUCUAUUCGUUCUGUGACAUAGAUGAUAUCAUCAUUCCAGGGGGCUGGAGCGACUGGGACCAACCGCCCAGACAGAGGACUGCGGUGUUUGGGGAGUACCAGAGCAGAGGCAGAGGAGCCAGGGGGAGGAAGAGGGUGGCAUGGGCCAAGUCCUUCAGUUUUGAAGAUGUAAGGCCUUUUCUGGAUUGGAACUUCAUUGGGGGGCAGCAAUGGCUCAAACUAUAGCACUAGUUUUGGAACAUAUAUAUGCGCACGCACGUAUAUAUAUGUUAAUUUCCCGAACAUUAGACAGGUAGAUUUAAGUAGGUUAGAGAUGAGCUCUGUUUCUCCUUUUUAUGAGCAUUUGUUCCCUUUUUAAGUGGAAGUGGAUGGCACAGACAAUGGUGGCUCACCGACUGUUUAUAUGGUUAUUACAAGGGUAA